UUUUCGUAACCUUUUGAUUAUUGUUUUGAUAUUGUUGAAUACUGUCAACAGUUUCAAAACCACUAGACCUGAUAAAAUAAUCAAAUAUUUCACAAUCUACAGACCAUAAAAACCGAUGCGUUAUUUAGUUGUGCGCUUAGUUGGUGGGCAAAUCACAAGAACAAAAAGUAGAUUAUUGGAAAAUAUCUGUCACUUUCCCUUUCACUCUUCAGACCGCAGUUUAUCCUUGACCGGUGGAUUGUUAGCAGCAGCCAAGCCCAAAGGAAAAAUGCACGCAAAACUAACCCCAGAAGAAAGAGAUACUACCUUGAAGUCCUUAAUUAGCCAGGGAUGGAAUUUGGUGGAUACUCGUGAUGCUAUCUACAAGGAAUUUUUAUUCAAGGAUUUCAACCAGGCCUUUGGUUUCAUGUCAAGAGUAGCCUUACUUGCUGAAAAAAUGGACCACCAUCCGGAAUGGUUCAAUGUCUACAACAAAGUGCAGAUAACGCUAUCUUCCCAUGACGUUAAUGGGUUGAGCGGAAGAGAUUUGAAAUUAGCAAACUUCAUGGAGGAAGUUUCGAAGACGUUGAAGCUCUGAACGUAAAAAUAUCAUUGUACGCUAAAAAUUUGUCUGUAAUCUCAGAGGGAAUAUGAAUGAAGUGUAUUUAUGAAUCUGUUUUGUAUUUUUUUCAAGAUCUAUAUUCUUUACUUUUUCUGUUGAAUAAAAAUUGUUCUGUAAUAA